AUGGGGCUGCUGCUUGACGGACACGCCGAUUUCGAUCCAUAUGCUCAACUUCUUCUUGAGGCUAUGAAGCAAUCUGGUUGCACUGUCUUCAAUGACCGGCACUUUUCUUGUGAAAACUGUGAUGGCUGUGUCAGUGGAGGUUUUGAUUCUGCCACAUCUCAGAUUGUUCUGUGUCAGAACAACAUUCGCCACCAAUCCCAUAUGAACCGGGUGGUCACACAUGAAUUGAUUCAUGCUUUUGAUCACUGCCGUGCACAUGUUGACUGGUUUAAAAACGUCAAACACUUAGCAUGUUCAGAGAUUCGAGCUGCUAAUCUCAGUGGAGACUGUACACUGAUGAAUGAAAUAGCCAGGUUUAAAUUUGGAUUAAAAGGACACCAUCAGACUUGUGUACGAGACAGAGCAAUUCGUUCCAUUCUGGCUGUUAGAAAAGUUAGCAAAGAAACAGCAGAAAAAGCUGUGGAUGAAGUGUUUGAUGCCUGCUUCAAUGAUCUGGAACCUUUUGGAAGAAUCCCGCACAGUAAAACAGAUGCAAAACGCGCUUACAGAGACUUUCAGAACAGAGAUCGCUAUAAUGCUAAUUUGUAAAGGAAAAAAACGUGAAAAAUUAUGUUAAUAUCUGAUUGUUCUGUAACAUCUGGAGUUACAGUCUAUACACACAGUGCUGGUGGAAAGGGCAAUUCUAUCAAAUGUAUCAAUUAAUUUUGUAAACUUUUUCCAGGAGCCAACUUCCGUGGAAGUAAACAAAGUAAAUGAACAAGAUAAAAACAGUGUUUCCUCACCUGUUAUUCCAGCAAGAUAAUUUAGUACACCAAAUGACUUGUCAAAUAAUGAUCUACACAUUUA